AUGUGUCUCAAAGUCAGUCAGCUCUUUUUCUAUGGAGGAUUAGGCCUACUUAUAUCGUGGGUAGCGUUAGUUUAUCGCUACAACGAUCCAAGCACAAGGACCACACAGCUGUAUGAAUUACCUCUUCGUCCCGUUCUUGAAGGGCCGACAGCAGUUAAUGAGAAACUGCAGAAUGUUGAGUACAUAUUAAAGGGCAAAAUUGAAGGGCCAGAGUCACUGGUUGUUGAGGGAGACUCUAUAUACACUGGCCUGUACGAUGGAAGAGUUGUCCACAUUAAAAACGGGAAAAUUGUGAAGGAGGUACGAUUCACAAAGCAAACGAAAUGUGGAUCCUUCGAAACGGAACCUUUAUGUGGUCGUCCGCUUGGAAUUCGUCGUCUUAACAAGAAAGAAUUCGUAGUUGCCGAUGCUUAUCUAGGAAUUUUCGUUGUGGAUUUGAAGGCUGGUACUUUCCGACAUCUUGUUAAGAGUAACAUACCUAUUGAGGGGCGCUAUAUGAAAUUUGUUAACGAUGUGGAGGUGCUUGAUGAAGAUACAAUCGUCUUCACGGAUAGCUCAUCCAGAUGGGAUCGACGCCACGUUCUUCAUAUUAUCCUUGAACAUGAGGCCACUGGAAGAAUAUUCAAACACAAAAUCUCUACCGGAGAAACGACAGUGCUCGUGGAUAACUUAUUCCUUCCGAAUGGAAUCCAGCUGCAUCCCGAUGGCAGAUCAAUAUUGUUCGCUGAAUGUAACAUGGCUAGAAUCGGCCGAUUGAAUCUUGAAACAAACGAAGUGACUCCGUUUGCUCUCAAUUUGCCAGGUCUGCCGGAUAACAUCCGUCCAGGAGCGGACAGCACACUUUGGGUAGGAAUGGCUGGUGUUCGUCAUUCGGGUGCCCCAUCAAUGAUUGACGCGGCUGGUCCGUACCCACUACUGAGACAAAUUUUCAUGGAUUUCAUACCUGAGAGCUGGUGGAUCAAAUACGUGCAUAUGGUCCGACCACGUCAUGCAAUGGUUAUUCAACUGAAUGCUGAUGGAGAAAUUGUGCAAUCGCUGCACGACACUAAAGGAGCAAAUAUUCAAGAUGUAUCGCAGGUCUCACAAGAAGGUGAUUAUCUCUACUUCGGCAGUUUUCAUAAUAAAUACAUUGCUCGACUAUAUAUAGGGAAGUAA